CUCUAAAAUCAAUCUUCAAUACUCUCGAGCUCUCUUCAAUUCUUUUCGCUUGCACUGUUAAUUCAUUCAUUCAUUUGUUUAUUCUUUGCUGUUCAUUAUUAAUUCUUUGUUUGUUUUUUGAGUUUUGAUCUAUGGCCGAGACGAAAGAUGCCCAUGUAGUUGAAAUCCCAGUAGAUGAAGAGCAUCAAAACAAAGCUCUGUAUUGUAUGAAGACAAUCACAGCAAUUCAACACCACCCUUUAACGGAGAUUUCCCAGAGUCCUGGCCAUCUCUUGCUCCUCAAACUGUGGCAAAGAGAUGAAGAUCUUUUUGGCCGGAGGAUUGCUCUCAAAGAGUCGAGAAUGGACUCCAUCAGAAGAGAAAUGUUUCAACUUUGUUGCUUCUUUUUACUCUUCCAUGGCUUGUUCUUGACCAUGUUGUUUACAUCUUCUGUAAAUGUGAAACAAGAGAGCAAUUGUAAGAAAUGGUGGAUACCCUCUUGUUUGUCCUUGUCAACUUCACUUGUGUUUGUGUUUCUGGUUCAGGUUAAGCUUUACAGGUACUGGAAAGUGUGGAGGCAAUUGCAGAGAGAGAGAGGUGACAAUAGAGCUCUCACUAGGUGUAUUCAGGAACUGAGAAUGAAAGGGGCAAGCUUUGAUCUGUCAAAGGAGCCUCAAAGUGGAAAGAGAAUGAAGAGUUCAAGCGUUGAGAUCAAAUGGAAACCACUCACCUGGUGUUCCCAAAAUUUUAUCACCAUAUGUCUUCUUGGUUUCUCAGGUUUGAUCUUUCCUGCUAGCAAGUUCAUUCUCUGUGGGUUCUGAUUGUAAACAAUCAAACUAUGCACAUUUUUGAGAGCAGAAUUACAUAAUUCAUGAAUGCUAUAAGGUACUACCCAGAACUCUAUUCCUGAUAGCAGGAUCUGUGAAUUUUCACAUGUUAUUAAUCUUAAUUCUUCCUUGUUAUGAAUAUGCAUUUACUAGAUUUCGGACGAGGCGUGUGCUAUCAGGAGGAAAGAACAUCUGAAUCAGUCUCCUUUGAUCUCUUUAAAUGAAAGGGGGAUGAAGCAAAUUGGUCCGAUUAUUAUUAUUAUCACCAGAAGAAGUUGCGAAAUCAGUAGUCCCCAAGGUGGCAAAAGAUUUUGUGUGAAGGGUUCAUGGCUCCACUCUCCAGGUGCAGCAAAAAUUUUGUAUUGAGAGAAUUGGUGCAUUGACUAAUUGUGUACAACUGAGAGAGAAAGAACAUAUACAGCGGUUUAUUCAUUGUAAUUCAAAGAGUUAUUAUUCACAUAAAGAGAAAAAAAGUUUUGUUUCUUUCAUUCAUCACAAACUCUAGCUCGUGUGGACAUGGACUGGUGAAUGUUUCAUCUAAACAGUAUCUCCCCUGGCAAGUUCUCAUCUUGACAGUAUCUCCCCUGUGAAGUUCUGAAUGUCAACUGCUACGUUACACAUAUCACUGUGGAGUAGUUACAUUGCUUGGUCGAGAAUCAAUAAUUCUUCUACAGUUAUGCAUGAAGGCUAUAGUUCUUUUCUUGUUAUACAAAUUUAAAACACUCAGGUGUGCUUGUUUCUCUAU